AUGAAUCGUGCGCGUUAUGAAGCCCUCCCCCGCACCUCCUCUCCUCCCUCUUCAAAUCCCCCGAUCCUUCUCGAUCCAAUCUUUCAAAGUCACCCCUCCUACAACUACAACUCCGGUACUCCUACCUCCGUUCCCUCAUCCGCUCUUUCAAGCCAUCGAACAUCCAUCACCAGUAUCUCAUCUCGAAGCCCACCGCCCAGCUUUCACAGCAGUCAAGUUGCGCAUCUAAACAACCAAGGCACUUCGCAAUUUUUCUUAAGCAACACGUAUGGAAACGCGAUAGGAGGAGUAAGCGGAGCAGAGACUACACCAUUUCCUCCUUUCAACAAUUCAUAUGUUACGAAUUAUCCAGACUCCGCACCGCCUUCUUUUCAUUCCCGCUCUAGUACUCCGCGUCCAACGCCGAGUACGAGGACGUUGGCUAGUAAUGUUAGUGGGGUGAGCGGUGUGAGUGGAGGAAGUGGAGUAGAGCUUUGGGGCGUAGCGACUACGACUUCUGGGGGUGAUGAAGCGGGGGAGGAUAGAGAGGGUACGGGGGGUUUGAUGAUGGUGAAGGGGUUGGAGAGGAGGAUGGAGAGGUUGGAGGAGAGUAUUGGGAGGUUGCUUCUGGAAAAUGAAGAACUCCGCAGAUUAAGAGCCGCUGGUACCGGUAACAACGCAGGAAGCGAACAUCAAAGAAACAGACAAAACUGCUGUGUUGUGUUUACCGAUGCAUCGAGAGAUAUGGAGGAAGCAUUGGUCAUGAAUGGACACAAUAACUGCUGCGUGCGAUUCACCUCCUCCACAAACUCAUCAGAUAGAAAGUUGCAGCGUAAGAAAGAAUUAUUUGUUGCGAUUGCGUUUAUGACGUUGUUGGUGACGGUUUUUGUGCUGAUGGUUAAUGGGUAUGCGAGGGAGGCGAGUGGGGAAGGGGAAAGGGGGGUAGGGGGUUAUGAGGAGAAGAGAGAUUAG